AUGUCUCCCCGUAAGGAUGACGACCAGGCAUCUGUCUUGGAACACCAGAGCCAGCCUGUUCUAGAAAAGAUCGACCAAGAGAUGACAGUGACAUAUGACGCAUCAAAUGGAGAGUCACUGGACGUGGAGCUCGAUCCAACGAUGGAAAAGAAGCUGCUUCUCAAAUUAGACCUUUUUUUUGUGCCAAUAAUCAUGCUCACCUACCUCACUUGCUUCUUGGACCGAUCCAAUAUCGGUAAUGUCAAAGUCGCUGGCAUGCCAGCGGAUAUUCACGCUUCAGAUAGCCAGUUCUCAACGGCUGUUUCGAUCUUCUAUGCGACAUAUGUGGUCUUUGAAUCCCCGUGGGCGGUAUUGAUGAAGAAACUCACUCCUCGGAAUAUUUUGACCGGUUUAUGUAUCGUGUGGUCCCUCACUACGGUUUUCUCAGGCUUCAUUGAGAGUGUCGCCUCGCUAUAUGCCACCAGACUCAUUUUGGGGGCCUGUGAGGCUGGUCUUUUCCCCUGUCUGAAUCUUUACUUGACGAUGGUAUAUCGGCGUGAGGAGCAAGCCAAGCGUGUCUCCUACCUAAUGAGCUGCGCUGCCAUCUCCGGAGCUGUAGGGGGUCUUUUGGCGUAUGGAUUGCUGCAGAUGGAUGGAAUUGGCGGAAAGGCUGGAUGGAGGUGGGUAUACAUCAUCGAAGGUCUCUUCAGUUUCAUCAUUGCUGUUCUCAUUUGGUUUGGGCUACCAAACGACCCAGAGAAGGCUUAUUUCCUCACAGAAGAGGAGCGGUGGAUGAUGCGUGUGCGUAACGAGCAACGUCGAAAGUACAUGGGCAGUGAAGAAUUCAGCUGGGAGGAGAUGCGAAUUGCAGUGUCUGAUCCGAAGUUGCUCUUCUCUGCCAUCGUCCAAUUCUGCCAGGAUAUUCUUCUCUACGGGUUCAGUACUUUCCUGCCAACCAUUCUUAAGAGCAUGGGUUACGAUUCGCUCAUGAGCAACGUUCUGACCGUGCCGGUCUACGUCUGGGCAGCUAUUGUCUUUAUCUCGAUAGCGGUCUGUGCCGAUCGUUACUCCAAGUUCGCAUCUUAUAUAUUUGCCGUCAAUAUCCUGGGUAUCAUUGGCUAUAUCCUACUACUGACAGUGAAGAGUACUGCGGUCAAAUACUUCGCAUGCUUCCUUAUCGCAGUCCCGACGUAUACGGCUGUUGGUCUCAACCUCGCAUGGCUUAAUGUGAAUGUCGCUCCUCAGUACAGACGUGCUCUGGCAAUUGGACUACAACAGACUAUAGGAAACUGUGCAGGUAUUGUGGCAGGUCAAGUCUAUCGAAAGUCUCCAUAUGUGCUUGGAAAUUCAUUCUCCUUGGGAGCAAUAGGGGUUUCACAAGUGGUGGUUGUUUGUCAUGGGCUUUAUCUGCGACGCCAGAACAAGUUGAAGGACCAGAUUGAGAUUGGAGGAAAGGAGGAUCAUCGGCGCAUUACCACCGGUGAUAGAGCCGUGGACUUCAAGUACCACUAUUAA